AACAAAAGACAUCAUACACUCUCUCCACAACAGUCGCUCUGUGCAACCAACGACGCCAGCAGCACCUCACGGCUAGGGACGACAAUCACGCCGUCUAAAAUCACUCUCCUUUCGCCUGCUGCAUACCUAAAAACGUCCACCGGCUGCUCAACAUGUCCCUCGACUCGGACCGCGAAACCGCUCGUCUCUGGCGCGUCUCCAAGACGGUGCAUGAGAUGAUCCGCGACCGCGGCUACGAGGUUGCCGACUACGAGAUCAACAUUGGCUUCGAGGAGUUCAAGGAGAUGUACGGCGGCGGCGGCAGUGUCGACCGUGGACGGAUGUCGUUCCACGCCAACCACACAGAAGACCAGAAGGACAGGAUAUACGUCUACUUCUGCAGCGAGAAGAACGUGUCCAAGGCGGCGAUGAAGACGUUUAUCACGUCGCUCGACAGCAUCGGCGCCAAGCGCGGCAUCAUGAUCUGGAGCGAGAAGAUGUCGCCGGCGGCCAAGAAGACGCUGCUUGAAAUGCAGUCAGAGUACUAUCUCGAGGACUUUGCCGAGGCCGACCUGCUUGUCAACAUCACCAAGCACUUCCUCGUGCCCAAGCACACGAUCAUGACGCCCGCCGAGAAGACCGACCUCGUCAAGCGCUACCGUCUCAAGGACACGCAGCUGCCGCGCAUCAACGUCGGCGACCCCGUCGCCAAGUACUACGGCUUGAGGCGAGGACAGGUUAUGCGUAUUGAGCGCUCGUCCGAGACUGCCGGACGAUACAUCACCUACCGCAUUUGCAUGUGAGGAGGCGUCUGUCAAGGGGCGAGUGGGUGUAGGGGAGCUGGAGGCGCCGCGUCCAGCGACAGCAACAGCAACAGCGCUGUUGGCGGUGGCCGAGCUGGUAAUUGUAUGAUAUGCAGUGGCAUUAGAUCACCGGGUGUGGGUGUACGCGCGCACUGGUACUGGCCACUGGCCCAGG